AUGCAAAAGCUUGAUGUGUUGAAUAGAGGUUAUGGAGGUUACAAUUCAAAACACGGUAAAGUUAUUUUACCCCACAUCAUAGAUGCUGAAGAUACAAAGUUUACCAAGAUCAGGUUGAUGACCAUUUUCUGGGGAACUAACGAUGCCGUCGACACUUUCCAGCACGUUGAUAUUAAAGAAUAUGAAGAAAAUAUUGACGCUAUGGUGAAGUUGGCCAAGAAAAACGAUAUUAAUGUGAUUGUUAUCGGCCCAGCUUUGCACGACACCACCGCAUACACCAAAUUGUAUGAGGAGGGGGCCGUUGAAUUUAAGGACACUGCAAAAUCUUCGGUCAACGGACGAUACUCAGAAGUGGCCAAGAAGGUUGCUGCAGAUAACAACGUUCCGUUUGUAGAUAUUUGGACUCUUUUCGUCAAAUACGGAGGCUGGGAAAAUAUUGAUCCAGAUGAAAUUAAUUCUAAAAACUAUCCCAAAAUCAAGGAGUUGCUCAUGGACGGUAUCCACUUCAUGCCUGAAGGUUACAGAAUCUUAUUCGAGGGAAUUCAGGAGGCUAUUAAGAAUUAUUAUCCUGAACUCUACUUUGAGAAGUUACCCGAACAUCUAGCUGCUUGGGAUAAUAUCGAUGAUAGUAAUCUCGAGACAUCCCUUUUUGCAAAUGAACCGCUUUAG